AUAAAAACAUCGGCAAACUUCAAAUUUAUUCGAAGCAUAGGGUUUUGCCCAUCUCUGCACUAGAGUUGACUAGAGUCGGCUGUGGUCUGUGGUUGUGCCCAUCACAUUCUAAAUACUGUCUAAAUACAAAAAUACAAAAAUAUAUAAAAGAAUCUAAGAAUGUUGUGUCCACUUUGUAGAAAAGAAUAUGCUAUACAAGAUAUAGGAAAUCACGUGGACUUAUGUCUUUCAUCAAAUGGAAUUUUACAGGAAUCAUCGUCUUCAAAAAAACCUUUGCUUGAUAGAGAAAUUGUUGAUACAAAUUUAUCAAAAAAAUGUAAUACCAGCCCUAUAACGAAAAUGUCAAAUAUAAAUCAUUAUAAAACAAUUUCAAAUAAAAAACAUGUUGCUCUUGUUGAUAAAAUGAGUCCUAUUUGCCUUAUUGAUUAUGUAGGCCAAGAACAUGUUGUCGGUUCUAAUACAGUACUCCAACAACUACUAAAAAAAGGAUGUAUUCCCAGCAUGAUAUUUUGGGGUCCACCAGGAUGUGGAAAGUCAUCCUUGACCAAUGUCAUAUCACAUUUAUGCAAGGAAGUAUAUGCAGACAAAGUACACAUUGUAAAACUCUCUGCAAUAUCAUCUGGUAUUGCUAGUAUAAAAGAUGUUGUUAAGACAGCAAAAAAUGAAUUUAAACAUUGCCAAACUAUUGUAUUUAUGGAUAAAAUACAUCGGUUUAAUAAACUUCAACAAGAUAUAUUUCUACCACAUAUAGAGGCAGGUUCAUUUACACUAAUUGGAACUACCACAGAAAAUCCAUCUUACAGUUUAAAUUCUGCUUUAUUAAGUAGAUGUCGUGUAUUUGUUCUAAAUAAAUUAACAACAUCAAAUAUACUGGAAAUAAUUUGUAAAGCAAUUUCAUCUAUUAAUGGAGAAAUAUAUGAUCCUCAAAAUAAAAUGCAAUCAAAUAGUUUGCAGAAUAAACUAAGCUUUACUCCUAAACCAGACUUUGUUAUUAGUAAAACAGUAACUAACUGGUUAGCAGAAGUAUGUGAUGGAAAUGCACGUGUUGCACUGAAUGGCUUAGAAUUAGCAGUUAAAACUAAAGUUUUAAAUAAUCCAAACCCUUCCCAUUUUACAUCGAUAACUCUUGAAGAUAUUAAAGAAAGUCUUAAACAGGCACAUAUGUUAUCUGAUGAAGAAUCUAAUAACUCUCAUCAUUUGUAUUCUGCAUUGCAUAAAUCGAUUAAAGGUGGUAAUGCAAAUGCAUCUUUAUAUUGGUUAGCAAGAAUUAUGGCAGCCAAAGAAGAUCCUGUAGAUAUAGCAAGACGAUUGGUCAGAAUUUCAAGUGAAAAUAUUGGUUUAGCAGAUCCAGAUGCUUUAGGAAUAGCUGUUCAUACUAUGCAUGGAUGUCAAAUGAUUGGAAUGCCAGAAUGUGAUGUACUUUUAGGACAAUGUGUUGUAUAUUUAGCUAGAGCACCAAAGUCAUGUCUUGUAUAUAGUGCAUUAGAAUUUGCUAAAAAUAUUAUUAUGAAUCAUAAAGGUCCACAACCUGCAGUGCCAUUAAACAUUAAAUCAGACCAAAGAAAAUUUCAAACUAUUAUCGGACACCACACGGAAAAUUUAGUACAGAAAGAAGAGAAUGUUAAAAUGUAUUUACCAUUUGGUCUUGAACACACAAAUUUCUUUCUAGAAAACUUCUAAACCUUCGGGCAACACCUUUGCUGAUAAAAUAGCAUUUUAAAUUUAACAUGUUUCAUUUACACUUGUUCAUUGCAUGUGUAAUCAUUUACUUUACAAAGUAAAUGAUUUAUUUUAUUUUGUUUAUUUGUUACCUCUUACUGUUUAAAGUAUUGUAAUAAAGUAUUUUGGAAUAUCAUGGAAAGUAAAUGUAGCGCGAAAAUUACUUAUAAAUUACUGUACCAACAUCCACGUUUGUAAAAGUUUAUUUAUGAUCGAAAUAUAAAUGGAGUCGUUAAUUAUU